AUGAAAGAGAAGGGUGAAAAACAUGCCACCUAAUAUAAAUCUUACCAAAGAACUCCUCAUCAAUAAUUCCAAUUUCAAUCUCUACUUUCUAUUAGACACUUAUGGAAGCAACAACACAACCAAGGCGACAUAUCUUCUCCCUCAAAAGUUCUAUUUAUUCUAAAUAAACUAUUCCUAAUAAGACCAAAGUUCUAGAAAUUUACUAUUAAGAACAUCCCUAGUCAAAAAGAAUAUAUCUUCAAUCAACCACUUUAAUGUUGUUAAUACUACAAUUCAGAAAGUAUGCAAUUAAAGGAUUUAAUUGAAUUUCAUAUUAAUUACCAUCAAAAAUUCUCUUCAAAUUCAUCAACCAAAGUUUGA